UUGGAACUUCAGUUUCCAUCUUUUUGUGUAGAUUCUGGCCAAAUCCUCCUGCUGAUCUCAAAACUAGGGCACAAGGGGGACCAUCUUAGUUAGAGUUAGGUUGUAGAAGAGAAGCUGGUCAUAUGAUAGUUUCAUGCUAAGCAGAGAGGAGUAUUUGGUAUACAUGAUUGUAUCCCACUGUUGAAGACCUUUGGACCACAUUGUAAACCCAGGAAGAGGCAAACAAGCCUGUAGGAAAACAACUUUGAACAUCUUGUUCUCUGACUAACAAGAAGAAUUUCUACAGAGAAGUAUGGCUGGUCAUGACGUCUUCCCAGUGGACCCUGUACUGGGGUGAAGGGCUCUGAUAACGCUGUACUUUUAAUUCACCUUUAAUGCCUUGUCAUUUUCCAACAGGCUAGUUCCUUCACCUUCACUCUUUCCUAUAGGAAAGGACUGAGAAAAAUGUGAUUUGAAGUUUAAAAUUCUUUGAAUGUGUUAAGAUCACCUCCAAUAAAAAGGGAAUUAGCCUAGGCUUCAAGCCCUAAUUUGGAAAACAAGGUCAUAAAUCAAAUCAUCUAUUGCAUACUUAUCUUAUCCUUUAUUUAUCUUUGCAUAGUGCUGGUGAUCUAAUGCAGGGUCUUGCAUAUGCUAGGAAAGUUCAUCUUGAUGGUAUUGGUGUGACUUCAGCCAGUUUGCCUAGUGGUGGAGACCUGGUAUUUCCUCAUAUGUUUAAUGUAGUCCCUGGAGUGGGGCCUGGGCAUAGGUAUUUUUUAAACUUCCAUAUCUAGUGAGUAUUAACUCUCUGAUUUAAACUCUUGUUCCUUAUUCAGGUUGCAUGGAUAAUAAAUCUGGUUUUCUCUCUAAAGCCAACAACCUAUUUUCUAGUUCUCCAAACUUAUUCCACCUAGUGUCUCCAAAAAGUUAGCUUCAUGCAGUAGUGCAGAUAGUAGUGAUAUCUACUGCUGCUAUUUUGUAGUAGAUAUUUUUUAGACAUGGAUCCUUCUUGAAAACUUCUCCCAGAUCUGUUUCUGACUGCUCUUUCUGUUUUGGUGAAUCCUUCUUCCUUAAAUAAAUGUUGAUGUGCUUAGGGCUUGUCUUACACUGAAUCUUCUCCCAAGGUUAUCUCCUUCCAUACUCUGGGAUUUCAUUCCACUCAAAUAUGAAGCACUAGCCUGAGUUCUCCCUGUGAACUUCAGACCAAUAUAUUUAGCUCCAUGUUGUGCUUUACCUGGGCAUUCCACACACAAUAUUCAUUCCCCAAUGCUCCUUGUCUUGUUUUCCCUAUUAUACUAGCAUUCUAGCUACCAAGGCUGUCAAACCAGAAGAUAGGGAAGUAUCCUGGCUUAUCUCCAUUUCCUUCACCCCACCCUUAAUCAAUCACCUUGUUCUUUCUCCUCUUUGUAUCUAUCUGAGUCUUAUAUAUUUAUCUUUAUCCCUAUAGCCCUUUUGCGUACCUGCUUUCACUGUUGGGCUUCCCAUCUUCAAUCUCAUGGUCCUCUACCCCAUGCCUCCCUGAACAGACUUCUUCAUCACCUUGCUUAAAAGAUGACUUAUCAGAUGACUCUAUAAUUUGUUCCCAAGCCUUGCUCUCCAUCUCAGUUAAUGUACAUCAUUUAGGUGUGCACCACUUUGUAGGAUGCUUUCUUCAAAACUGUUUGGAACUAUUAAGCAUACAUAUCCUUGCUGUCUGAAAUAUGAUUUUGAGAAUCUGCAGCACCUGUAUUACCUGGGAAUGUAUUUAAAAUCCAGAAUCUCACCAGGACAUAGUAUAUCAGAGUUCUCAUUGAGGUCUGCAGGUGAUUUAUAUGCACGUUAAAGUUUAAGAAGCACUGAUUUAUAAUCUUUUUUUAAAUGAGGGACAGAAUUAAAGCUAAGGGAAAUUCUAAUGAAUCAAUAACUGAGGUAAUACCAGUAUAUGCAUGUGGUCAGGUGCUAUACUUAAUUUGGGGGGGUAAUAAGGUUAGACACUCCCUCCGACCUUCCCUUUCACAGAGCUAAAUGACCAGAUCCCCUACCUAUCCUCAGCUGUGAUAGAUAAAAGACCAAGCCUCCCCUCUUGAUUUCUCAAACUGCAGCCUCCCCCUGUCCCUCAGGGCCCACUCAUCCUUUAGCCCAGGUACAACUUCUUCAGAAAGCUCCCUGAAGAAAGAAGUCCCUUGCCGUGGUCAAGGCCAUUAAGGCAUUUUCACACCAUAUAGCAAUCGUGUAUUUCCUGUGCUGGGAAUCAAACCAAGGGUCUCGCAUGCUAAUCAAUCACUCUACCACUUAGCUAAGCCCACAGCCUCAAUUGAUUGUUUCUAGUGGCCAGUACACAGCUGUGUUGAAGGGACCAGGUUCUGAAGUGAGAUACACUUAGGACCCCUCCAACAACAUUUGUUUCUUUGAAACAGAUUUUCCUGCCUGGGCUUAUUUGCCUCAUUGUAAAAUAUGGCUAUUAAUAGUGCUUUACUGUCCAAAACUUUUGAGAGGAAUAAGCCAGCUGUACUCCCCAGGAGCCCAGGUGUAAGCAGUAAACUGCUAAACUGUUGCAGUAUUGAGAGGAAAGCUGGCAAAUGUUGCACCAGGUGGAUCUGAAGGCUUGUGCAGAGUCUUAGACUUUCCCCCACCUCUAAGGAGUCUGGUUGCUCUCUAGCGAGUAGGUGGCGCCGUCGGGUUGAGUGACAGCGAGUGGCCCGCCCCGGGCGUGACGUCGUCCUAGUGUUUUUGCUGCGGCCGCACGUGGUCAACCAAGUCCGCCUCAGACUCAGCAGCAUUCCGCGCCACAGCACCAGCCCGGUUGCCUUCCUGCACCUCCUGUCUGCUAUGUCCACGUCCACGAGCUGCCCGAUUCCGGGGGGCCGGGAACGGCUGCCCGAUUGCUACAGCACUACGCCGGGGGGCACGCUAUACGCCACUACCCCGGGAGGCACCAGGAUCAUCUACGACCGAAAGUUCCUGCUGGAGUGCAAGAACUCACCCAUUGCCCGGACACCCCCCUGCUGCCUCCCUCAGAUUCCCGGGGUCACAACUCCUCCAACAGUCCUACCCUCCAAACUAGAGUUGCUGAAGGAGCAGAAGGAGACAGAGGAAGAGAUACCCGAUGACGCACAAUUUGAAAUGGACUUCUAAUCCAGUGCAGAUGAUCCCCCCCGUGUGGCGUUAUAGAGGGAUCCCAUGCCGCUGUUGCCACCACCUCUUUCUCGGAUAUCCAAAGGACAGCUAGCCUCAUCUAAUCUGGAAAGGAGUGACUUGUUGGUUGCGGACCUCCUUUAAAUCUGGGGCAGCUAGACCAGGGAUAGGAGUGGGCUACUUGCCAAGCCCUUAGAUCUCCUUUCUCUUUGGUCUUUAGGUACUCCUCCCAACCCCCAGGCCUCUAUGCUAAGGGCUAGGACUGAAAGACAGAAUAUGUCACCUUCUGGCUGCUUAGUAAAUAUUCAAACAAAA